GUUUGUGACGUCAUCAGCAACAACAAAUCCACCUGCGUUACAGGACAGCAGCACGCCGCUGUUGUUGUUGUUGUUGUUGCUGCUGCUGCUUCCGGCGCAGCGUGAAUAAACGUGUAUUUAAUGGUAGUCGUCGGGGGGCUCGGGGGGGUCGACCUUCCGCUUUUGCUUCGGCCGCUCUUCCUCUCGCUGCGUCGACGUUAGCUUAGCUAGCUUAGCGUCGCCGUGGCAUGCGUGGGGACGGAAGAGGUCUCCCUCGUGAAGGGGGCAGUUCCCCUUUCGGUUUCUGACCCAGUGGAGGAUAAAUCCUCUCCGACCUUCCGGAGAAAGCACUUUCACGGAGACCGAAACGCGCCAUGGAGCCGUGCGCGGCGAUGGGCUGUGUGAACAUCGGCAGUCUGACCAGCACCUUGCCGGUGAUCCCCUACCAGAAGCUGACCGACCUGUACUACCUGAGCAGGGGGGGCUUCGGCACCGUGUUCAAGGCGCAGCACUCGGACUGGAGGACCACCGUGGCCAUCAAGUGCCUCAAACUCGACUGUCCGGUCGGAGAAAGAGAGAGGAACUUCCUGCUCAAGGAGGCCGAGGUGCUCCACAAAGCCAGGUUCAACUACAUAAUCCAGAUCUUUGGCAUCUGCAAUGAGCCCGAGUUCUUCUGCAUAGUCACCGAGUUCAUGAGUAACGGUUCUUUGGACCUGUUGCUCCACGAGAAGGACCUGUACCCGGGACUCGCCUGGCCUUUGCGACUGAGGAUCCUCUAUGAGAUCGCCUUGGGGGUGAACUUCCUUCACAACAUGAACCCACCUCUCUUGCAUCAUGACCUAAAGACGCAGAACAUUCUGUUGGAUGGAGAAUUUCAUGUGAAGAUUGCUGACUUUGGUCUUUCGAAGUGGCGACAGCUGUCUGUCAGUAAAGGCUCGGGGUCCAAGCCCACAGAGAUGGGGGGCACGGUGAUCUACAUGCCCCCCGAGAAGUACGAAGCCCCCAAGAACGGGCCUUCGGGCCGUCGGGCCGAUGUGAAGCACGACAUGUACAGCUACGCCAUCAUCAUGUGGGAAGUGCUGUCCCGGCAGAUUCCAUUUGAGGAGGUGACCAACCCCAUGACGAUCAUGUUCAGCGUGCUACGUGGGAUUCGCCCCGACACGAGUCUCGACAGUCUGCCUUUGGACAUCCCCAGCAGAGAGACCCUCAUCUGCUUAAUGACCUGCGGCUGGACAACGAACCCCGAUGAACGACCUUCCUUCCUCAAGUGUCUGAUUGAACUAGAGCCCAUGGUGAGAAAGUUUGACGAAAUUGACUUUCUGGAGGCCGUGUUGGAGAUCAAGAGGGCAAAGAGGAUGCAGAGAUCCGGCUGCUGCUCAGCCCCGUCAGCGAGUGAGGGCGGGAGUGAGGAUGGAUCCCUUAACAUGCUGAAGCACAGGCCCAGGCCCUGGCCGGAGCGCUCCGGCUCAGAUUCCUGUUCCUCCCAGGACACGGAUAUAUCUCUACCAGGACCCCUCACCAACAGCAGCAAUGCUGCACCUUCCAACGCGGAGGCUUCCGUCGAUGGGGCGGGGCGUCCGUCGUCCUUUCCAUCUCCCACACUGGAGCCUCCGGAGUCUCUAAAGGACGACUUCAAAGUCAUCAAUCCGAAUGACGACAUGAAUGAUCUGAACAUACCCGUCAAGCCUGCCACCGAGUAUGAGACGGAACAGAACAACCUCCCGCUCAAGCCUCAGCAGCAGCCGCAGCUACAAGGCGAAUACUCGCUCCCGUUGCGGCACUCCCCUCCUUCACAAGGCCCGAUCGCCCAGUGGAUCGCCACGCGCCGCGAGGAGAUCGUCUCCCAGAUGACGGAGGCCUGCCUGAACCAGUGCCUGGACGCCCUGCUGGCCCACGACGUGCUGAUGCGGGAGGAUUACGAACUAGUGGCGACCCAGAACACUCGCACCGCCAAGGUCCGACAGCUCCUGGACAACUGUCACCGGCGCCGCGAAGACUUCUGCAGCAUCGUCGUCCGCAAGCUGCGCGACAACAAGCAGAUGGGCCUGCAGCCGUACCCGCCGGAAAUUGGGUCCCCCAACCUCGCCCCCUCCGCGCCCCCGCUGUCAAUGUCCUACAACAUCCCCAGGAACAUGUAGCGACAGUCGCAGGCAAACGCUACAAACAAUCCGGGCGGUAGACGGUGCCAGUUUAACAGCACGCGUAGCGCUUAUUGCUGCUGCGUCUGGUGAGGUGGUCACCGGGGUUCCUGUCACGUCUUCCCCUCGCGGAGGGACUGAGGCCCGGGUGAGCCAACAGCGCCACAGGUACACAACCACGCAACGCCCUUUGAAGGAUCUCCACGCACAGGAGUUCACGUGUUUUAAGUUAUUCUUUUGUUUCCACAACUUUCCAUUAUGUGAGUAUGUGAUUUAGUAGCUGUGUGUGUGUUUGUGUAAGAGUGUCUGUCUGUAACCUUAUUUAUAGAAUGCAAUCUUCCUUAAAACAAUCCGUCAAGUAAGUGACGGAAGGACUGCUAACACGCUGGAAAACCUACAGCAAAUUAAAUCAAUCCUGAUCUUAAGGUCCCCUGUAGGCAUGCUGAGCUAUCGUGAUGAUGUUCACCAUCUGAGCCAAGUCAGUGAGUAUGUGGCCCCGAGUGUGUUUGUAUUGGAUCACAUGACUCAAUCGGGGAGAAACCCAGGGAUGACUUCAGAGGCAGCAGUAGAUAAUGUUCCAUGUGCUUUGGGGAGUUAACAGCUUUACAAAGUGAAGUGUUGGAGUGAUUCACGGGUCACUGUGGCCAUUCGACCAUAUAGAAAGUUUCGUCACUGCCUUUUUCCUUCCUCUUUUGGUUUAGUGCUGAGCUGAGAGAUUCCCUGAGAUCUGGAGCAAAGAGGAAGUUAAGAAUGUGAUGUGAGACUUUAGAUUGAGACGUCUGUCCCGAUUUAAAAGUGGACCAAAGUGAUCCGUCUUUUCAGUAGUGGCCUCACCUCUCAGUAUUCUUAAUAAUAAUAACAAUAAUAACUUCAGGCUCAUCUGGAAUUUGUGGUUUAUACGUGAGCUCCACAGUCCGUGAAUCUGCUGCUGAGUUGCUCUGCAACAAAUGAAGCGGCUUUGCUUGGUGCCACCUGCACUGCAGUGAAAAUACCCAGAAAAAUAUAUGGAAUCACAGGCCAAACAAUAAUAAAUGGAUAGGUAUUAUGCAGUUUUUUCCAAGAACAUCUGGAUUUUUGUACCAAGAAACCCUGUCUGCCAAAAUAAACAUAACAUUAGCAAAAUGUUUUAAGUUUGACAUCAGUCAUUUUUUUGUAUUUGGCCAAAUAUUGAUUUCUUUGUGACCACUUUGAAGAUUAUAAUUCUAGUAGAAAUGGGGCCAUGACGGUGUUUAAACUAGGAUGUUUAAUUUAUUACAAAUCUGCUCAAAGCAUAUUUCAGUUUACUUAAAAAGAAAUCACCAUUGCACAGUUAAAUAGUUGAGAUGAUUUGGAUGCCCCGGCUGUGGUUUUCCUGCCGUGCAGUCUAUGCAGUCAUUGCUCACUUCAUCUUCUUACAUUGUAUCAAAACAACGGUGACAACUCUGUGUGUAAUAAUUUAUUCUCUUUUUCUUGUGUACAUCAAUGAGAUUCAGCAAUCCUUAAUGCUGUUAAUUGCCAGAACCUUUAACUUUAACCUUUAACUAGUUUGUAUACAUAAUACUGAGUAUUAUAGUUUCAUUGUUACUUCACAUAUACACAUUGUAUAUAAAUGUUCUUUGUUCCAGAGAGAAAUAAAUGCCUUCUGUUUCCAUGACACAGUUUUAACUUUGUCUUCCUAAUCAACAUAUUUAUAUGGGACUAUAACGUUGACUUUUGCUUUAUUCAAUAACGUAUUCGAUAUCCUAAAAGUUUCUCUUACAAGCACAUUUUGUUAUUUUUUUUACUUGUGUCUAAAGAUGAAUCCAUUUAUCAAAACAGUUGCGGAUGAGUUUGGUCGUUUCAGCUCGACGUUGUGUGCACGUAUUCCUUUUAUUAAGGGAAUUACUUCGCUUGACUCCCCACGGUGUCCUAAUUCACAGAAUUACAGUCUGUACAUCCUCGUAUUCAACUGAGCGAGACAUUUUGGUUGUGAUUCCCGUAAUUAUAGUAGUAAGAAAUCACACCCAACAUGAUAUAAUUUAAACCAUAACAGAAGGGUCAAGCAAGGUCACUUGGUUUCCAUAAUUUUUCCGCUUGUAUUUGCCUCGUGUUUGGUGUUCCUCAUAUUCUGCUUUCGGCCUCAACUAUAGAAACAAGCCAUCGCCGUUUACACGUGAAGUAAAGCUGAGUGGAAACACAAGUGUGAUCAUAAAAAUGUGAAACAUAUGCUGUGCUAGAGAAAGUAGUCUCAUCUCAUUUAUAAAUAGUUUAAUUUGUGAUCAGUUGUUUUAACGUCAUGUAUCAUAAGUGAUUAUUUGUAAUUAUUUAACCGUCUGUUAAACAUAGAAAUAUUUCUAAUACUUUUCACGUCAUGAGAUCUGUAAGAAUAUCAUUUGUUACAGAAAGUGGAGUUAAUCUGUUGCUGUGGUUUCAACAGAAAAUACGAUUUUUUAUAUAUUGUAUCAAACUAUUCAUUAAAAUGGAUAAUUUUCUA